UCGAGCCAAUGAAUGCCACUCUCUGGGACCAUGGGAGAUCCAACGGCAUGGAUGGGGUCCCCAGCCCUGGUGAGGUUCCCAGGAGCAGCAGCUCCCAGCUGCCCACCUUCUCCACAGCGGCCAAAAUCCGCGUCGCCCUCACCGUGGUCCUCUUCCUCUGCUCCACCAGCGUCAACGUCUCCAUGCUGUGGAGCGUCACCAAGAGGUUUCAACGCAAGCCGCAUCUCCGCAUCCUCCUCAUGAACCUGGCGGUGGCUGACCUUCUGGUCACCUUCGUGGUGAUGCCGCUGGAUGCCGCGUGGAAUGUGACCGUUCAGUGGUACGCCGGCGACCUGGCCUGCCGGCUCUUGAUGUUCUUCAAGCUGGUGGCCAUGUACGCCUGCUCCUUUGUGACGGUCGUGAUCAGCCUGGACCGCUGGGCCGCCAUCUUGCACCCGCUGUGGGUCAGCCGAGCCAAGAGGAAGAACAAGGCAAUGCUGUGUGUGGCCUGGGCCCUCAGUUUCCUCCUAGCGGUACCUCAGAUGUUUGUCUUCCACACGGUCAGUCGGUCCCAGCCCACCCAUUUCAUCCAGUGCGCCACGGUGGGCAGCUUUGGGGCACACUGGCAGGAAACCCUCUACAACAUGUUCACUUUCUCUGGCCUCUUCCUGGUGCCUCUCCUGGUUAUGGUGCUCUGUUAUUCCCGCAUCCUGAUCGAGAUCUCACGAAAGAUGACCCAAGCGCGGGCGUCACCGAAAUCCAGGGAGGUCCGCCUGCGUUGUUCACACAAUAACAUCCCUCAAAUCCGGCUCCGUGCCUUGAAGAUGUCGGCCAUCACCAUCCUGACGUUUGUCGCCUGCUGGACGCCCUACUACCUGCUGGGCCUCUGGUACUGGUUCUCGCCCGAGAUGCUGACCCGGGAGCAGGUGCCGCCUUCACUGGGCCAUAUCUUCUUCCUCUUUGGCCUCCUCAGCACCUGCCUCGACCCACUGGUCUACUGCUUCUGCUCUUCACGCUACCGGGCAGGCAGGAAGUUGGCCAAAGCACCGUCUGCCCACAUGGCCUCUGGGCGGGCGUCCACUGUCAACAACGGUCCCAGGGAAGAGCCGGGAGUCCACUGGGCACACAAACCAGGAUUUCCCCAGAGCCCAAAACUGGCCUGGAGCAGGAAGAAGGAGAAGAUGGCCGAGAGCUGCGUCUGA